AUGGAGAGGGUGUGGGCGCUUGUGCUGCUGGCCGCGCUGGGCAGCGCCCGGGCGGAGCGCGACUGCCGGGUGAGCAGCUUCCAAGUGAAGGAGAACUUCGACAAGGCGCGGUUCGCCGGGACCUGGUAUGCCAUGGCCAAGAAGGACCCCGAAGGCCUCUUCCUGCAGGACAACAUCAUCGCCGAGUUCUCCGUGGACGAGAACGGCCAGAUGAGCGCCACAGCCAAGGGCAGAGUCCGCCUGUUUAAUAACUGGGACGUGUGCGCAGACAUGGUGGGCACCUUCACAGACACUGAGGACCCUGCCAAGUUCAAGAUGAAGUACUGGGGUGUAGCGUCCUUUCUCCAGAGAGGAAACGACGACCAUUGGAUCAUCGACACGGACUACGACACCUAUGCCUUGCAGUACUCCUGCCGCCUCCUGAACCUGGACGGCACCUGCGCUGACAGCUACUCCUUCGUGUUUGCCCGCAACCCUUACGGCCUGCCCCCGGAAGUGCAGAGGAUCGUGAGGCGGAGGCAGGAGGAGCUGUGCCUGGGCAGGCAGUACAGGCUGAUUAUACACAACGGUUACUGUGAUGGCAAAUCAGAAAGAAACCUUUUGUAG